AUGUCGAACAAUGCCGCGUAUCUGGCGCCGCAGGUGAAAACCACCUCAACCUCGUCCAAAACCACCUUCCAUUUCGCCGCCGGGCUCUGCUCCGGUCUUACCUCCUCCAUCCUCCUACAACCCGCAGACCUCCUCAAAACUCGAGUCCAACAGUCCCAACAGACCGCUGCUCUCCUUCCAACCCUCAAGACCAUCCUCUCUUCUCCCCAUCCCAUCCGCAGUCUAUGGCGGGGUACUCUCCCGUCCGCGCUUCGCACGGGCUUCGGCUCCGCGCUAUACUUCACCACGCUGAAUGCGUUGCGACAGCCUUUGGCACAAUCGGCGGUCCUAACAGGCUCCAAUGGGAGCGCAAAUAAAGGCACAAAGUCAUCGUCAGCUCUCCCGAAGCUUUCCAACUGGGCCAACCUAGGUACCGGUGCUGUCGCUCGGGUUGCGGCCGGAUUCGUGAUGAUGCCGGUUACCGUGAUCAAGGUGCGCUACGAGUCAGACUAUUACGCAUAUCGCAGUUUGUACGGCGCUGGUCGGGACAUCGUGCGCACCGAGGGGUUUCGCGGUCUGUUCUCCGGGUUCGGGGCCACGGCGGCUCGAGAUGCACCGUACGCGGGACUCUACGUCCUCUUUUAUGAGCAAUUGAAACGUCAUCUGGCCGGCCUGAAGCAUUCAGGAACGGCUGACCAGCCUUUGGCGGCGACAUCGUCUUCAUCAAUCAACUUCAUAUCCGGCGGGCUGGCUGCUGGUCUUGCCACAACCAUCACGAACCCGUUCGACGCUGUCAAGACUCGACUGCAGCUCAUGCCCGGCAAAUAUGGGAAUAUGAUGCGCGCAGUCAAACUAAUGAUCCAGGAGGAUGGCGUUCGGAGCCUGUUCGGCGGGCUGGGCCUGCGCAUCACCCGGAAAGCACUGAGCUCCGCCCUCGCCUGGACAGUGUACGAAGAACUCAUCCUCCGCGCGGAGAUCCGGUGGGCUGAGAAAGCCCACGCACAUGUAUAA